AAUCAAAAUUUAAUUGAAGUCUAAUAACUUGCUAGGCUUUAAUCGUUAACCCGUAUAAGUCCAUUGACAACGGCAGAAGUAAAUGUUGAAAAACCAAAAACCCGCAGAAACUAAUCUUCAUUAAACAUCUUUUCAUCUUUAGUAUUAUCGACUCUGAUUGUUAUUCAACUUUUCAGUUUACAGUGAAUCGCGAUUUACUUUAAGGUGAUCGUCUUUUUCCCAGUUUUCAACUCUUCUCACCUUUAAUUGUUCAAUAUUUCAAAUUGUUUCCACACUUCUUAAACAAUCUCACUCAAUAUCUCACAUUUCCUGUCUUGAUCUCUCACUCACUCACUCUCGACGUUUCCCACUCAACUCACUCAAUUGACUCACAAUCUGUUUCUCACUGGUGAGUGAGUCAAACGAGCUUGCAACAACAAAUAAAGUAUCAGCAAAACAAUUGUGUGUUUUGUGUUAAACAAAAGUGUAAAAAAUAGAAAUGAAACUUACACCAAACAUUAUCAGUUAAUUGUCUUUUUUAACAUUCUCUUUUCAUUCUCUGCCAUUCCUACAAGUAUUACAAUUUAUCAGCAUCAUAAUUAAUAAUUAUCGUCAAUUAUCAUUGUUCACCUUGAUUGUAUUCAAUAUUGUUCAGUGUUCAACUUUAAAUUAAACCAAAAAACAAAACAAAAACAAACUCAACAAACGUUUCAACAAAACUCAAAAAGUGAUCUCAAAGUGAAACAAAAAGUUUGCCAAAAGUUCAAUCUAAUUUGGAUUAAAAAUGGAUAAAUCAUGAUCAACAUUUGACAGUCAAAAGUGUAAGUUUUUACAAGUGAAUUUACUUUUGCCAACUUAUUGGACAUUUGCUUGGAUCAAAGUGUUUACUUCGAAUCGCAACUUCUUCCAGGAUUGAUGUUACCGUACCUUAAGUUUGUGGAUAAAUACAGAAUCAAAAGUUCGUGUUUUACCCGUUGAUUGAAAGAAGGAAAGUUUCGACUUUUGGAUUACGAAUACAUUUGGCGCAACCAAAAUCAAAUUGAUAAUGAAAAAUUUGAUAAGCAAAGAAGCAUGUGAUAAUGAAUGCUUAACAAAGCCUGAUGAAGAAACUUCUGGUCAUUUAGAUAAUACUCAGAGUUAUUAUGAAAUGGAUGAACCGAAAACCAAAAAGCGACGGAAACAAAGUAACCCGGUUCGUUAUGGUUCUGGACAUCACUCAAUGACCAUAACAGGAGUUUCCAGUAAUACAAAUGGUUCAUCAUCUGAACCUGGUUCUGGUUCAUCUCCUGAACCGGAAUCUGAUUCAUCAAACGAUAUAAAUGAAACUGCAUCAGGUUCAGCCAAAGAUUUUGCCUCUUUAUUAUCAUUUAAACUUCACAGUGUUUCUUGUCAACAACCAAAUUCUGUAAUAUCACCGUUACCCUCACCCACCCCACCGCCCUUGGAGCCGCCAUCACCUACAGGUUCACCGCCAAGCUCAUCACCUAAACCUUCACCACCGUCAACCUCAUCACCCUCAAUAUCAACAGGUAAUCAUUCUCAUCACCAUCAACAUCAUCAUCAUUCCUCAUCUUCAACACCUCAGACACAAGUUGCCAUUUCUUCUGCAUCUCAAUCCGGUCAACUGAAUUGCGGUGAAAGUAAAGCCAAUUCAUCCGGAAAUGUAAUGCCCAUUGCAAUGUUUCCUUAUUUAUUCAAUGUUCUGCCUGGAUCGAAUGGAUCAAAUGGUUCAAAUAAUUCUGGUGCAAACCACGCCAACGGUUCAAGUGUCAGUGGAAACGGAACUGGUGUUAAUCUGACCAGUGGUGCAAUACACAAUGGAAUCGGAAUGGCUGGAUUAAACGCUGUUAAUCCGGUCAAUGUUCAAAAGAUAUUCAAUCCAGAAGCUUAUUGUGAAUUGUGUAAUAAGGAAUUAUGUAACAAGUAUUUCCUUAAAACUCAUAAAGCAAAUAAACACGGUAUUUACACAUCAGACACGAUCCCAAGUUCAUCGGGUCCGGGAACAACAACUGGAUCAUCAACGUCAACCAGUGGAUCAGGGAAUGCAGCUCAAGCUGCCGCAGUGGCAGUGGCAUUCAACACUGCUGCAGCUUACUUUCAAUCAACUGGAAUGCCAACUGGCUCUGCUCAGGCUCAAGCUGCUGCCGCUAUGCAAAUGCAACAGUUACUUCAACAGGCGAGCGCCAAUUCAGCCUCUGGAUCCAAUGGUCCCGGUACAAGUGGUAAUGGGUCAAAUCCAACAACACCCAAUAUCGAUACUUCCAAUGCAGCGGCAAUGGUUGCCCUUGCCUCACGAACCGUUGGAAUGAUCAACAUGGAAUCUUAUUGUGAUAUUUGUCAGAAACAAUUUUGCAACAAAUAUUUCUUAAAGAAACAUCGAUCCAAAAUUCACAACAUUCAUUCCUCUUCAUCUUCCUUGUCGGGCAAUGCUCCUUUAAUGUUGACCGGCCAAGGUUCAGGUUAUCAUGGAUCCAAUGAUCACUCUUCGGUAACAUCUUUAGCCAAUUUAACGGGCUUGGCAUUGACUGCAGGCUCAUCAAUGGACCAUCAAACCUGUAACCGAUCCAUUUCACCGUCAAGUUCAUCUGGUCAAAGUGAUUCAACUGGUUUAAUUGAAGCCAUUAGUCUAGUCUCAACCAAGGUGCCCUCACGGUCACCGGCCAUGUCACCCUUGUCAAAUGAUCAACAGGAAUCCAUGUCAGUGAUUACCAACAAUAGCAACAUUAAAAGCGAAAAUUGCCAAUCAUCUUCUUCCCUUAAAGUGACAACAGUAACACCAGUCAUUCGCACCUCAUCCUCAGGUAAUCUAGUCUCAACCGAUCGCAAUGGAUUAACAACUCAAAUCAUUGCCUCUUCCCUCGCAUCAUCUUCCACCUCAUCGUCACCUUCAUCUUCACCCGCAACCACAAUAACAACAGUUUCAACCGCAAAUUGUUUACCAACCAACAACAGUUUAACCAAUUCCAAUGCCAACACCAAUUGUGAAACCUAUUGUGACAUUUGUCGAACCGAUCUGGUCAAUCCAAUUGCUCUUCAAGCCCACAAAACGAUAAUGCAUUCAAUGGCACCUCAAGGGUCACCUUCAUCUUCAUGGACUCGUGAUCAAUGGCAAGCCAUGAUGGCUUCCCUUCAAGCUGAAUCCUUUGCUCUGUUGGGUCGACCAAUCAACAUUCCCACUGGAUCGGCCGGAGAGAACAUUAUAUUUACUCCUGAAAAGCUUCGUGAAAUGGGUGUCAUUAAUGCUGAUGCAUUCUGUGAGAUUUGCAAGAGAGAAUUUUGUAACAAAUAUUUCCUUCGAACUCACAAACUGAAUAAACAUGGAAUUGGAACUCUUGAUACAGCAUCCAAUUGCGGUUCAACCAAAUCAAAUGCUUCUGGUCAUAUCAAAGGUGAAGACAAAAGUCGAAGUGAAAGGGAAGAUAAAAGUUUAAAUGGUCCUCGAGAGUUCAUGUUUGGUGAGAGGCAAUCCAUUUCGUGUCCAGAAGACAACACAAUGUCACCUCGAUCUUCGGCCAAUGAAGAUUCAAACCAAGAACGACGUCCUUCCUCACUUGGAUCACCAACUGGUCUCAUAUUUAGCACAUCAUCAUCCCAUGUAACGAUAACACCAACAACAUCAACACCUUUUACCGAUAAAAUGAGAGCUUCAUCAGCAUCACCAAUAACUCCAAGCCAAAGUUCAGUAACUUUAAGUGCAGUUAAUUCAUCAUCUAAUCAAGGUAACGGAAUUGCUUUAACACUCAACUCAGAUAGUGAAUUAAUUUGCGAAAUUUGUGGCAAAAAUUUUCAAAGUAAAUCCUCUCUUCGAGCUCAUCGAGUCAACAUUCACGGUAUUCGCAUGAAUACAUUCAACUCGAGCAACUGUGUCAUUAGUCGAACUGGUUCGCUGUCGGGUGACAAUUGCAACUCUAAUCGACGAAGUGAAGAAAAUAAAUCGCCCGAAUCACCGCGAAACUGUUCAACAAAUGCAACCUCAAACCAAGUAGCGGCAGCCGCUGCAUAUGCAUUGAAUCGAUCCUUUGGAAUGGAAGGAAUAAUGUCUGUUAAAUGUACAAACCUUUCCUCGAGUGGAUCGGGUGCAAGUUCACGUCCUCCAGGCAACUGUCGAAAUUAUUGCAACAUUUGUAACAAAGAAUUGUGUAACAAGUAUUUCAUGAAGACUCACAUGAUGAAGAUGCACAACAUCAACAUUGAUGAGCAUCCAGCUGAAGCUGCGUUUACCUCAACAAUCGGUGGAGUUACCUGUGAUAUCUGUCAAAAAGAAUUGUGUUCCAAGUAUUUUCUCAAAGUUCACAAGCAAAACACUCAUGGAAUAGGUGAGGAUACACCGAACAUGAAAGACUCGGCUCGAACGGGAUUGACUGCCGUUUCCCUGGCCAAUUCAGUUGGAUUAAUGAUUCCAGGUGCAAGUGGGUUGAACGCUUUAAAUCAAGUUGUUAGUCUAACAAGUAAAGCAACAACAACGACAACAAACAGUACAAGCAACGCUCUGUGUUCAUCUUCAGUAGCCCAUUCAACCGGUGUAACAAGCAAGGAAAGUGAAUCUGGUCUCGACUGUUCGUCUGGCCUGGCCUCAGACAAGGAAAAUUCUGUCGGCAUUGAUCCAGGUGAUACGGGUAAUCGCUAUUUUAGCCAUUACACUGAAGUCUGUCCACUUUGUGAGCGACGUUUCAAGUCAAUUAAAUGGUUAAAGACUCACAUGGCCAAUGAUCACAGUGAUCAUAUACUUCGACCCAACGGCAAUGGAAACCAUUGUUCCAACUCUGAUCUCUCGACUGGCCUACAUUCCCAGUUUUCUUAUGACCUGAGUCGCAUGUGUGUCAUGUGUGGACAAAUUUGUUCCGAUAGAAUAGCAUUGCAAAUUCAUUUGUUGAAAGAUCACAAGACGAGUCCAGAAGAAUUGGCUUCUUUAACUGGUUCCAGUUUAUUUGGUUUAACCCAACUUAAUGACAUCAAUUCAGAGGCAACUGAUUUAUCUUCAUCAGUCAACAAGGCAACCAACAAUUCUGUUCACAAUUCUAGUAAUAAUAAUAAUAAUAAUAAUUCCAAUAAUUCAAAUACUAACAAUAAUGAUAACAAUAAUAUCAAUGAUGACAGUAAUAACAAUGCUACUGCUAAUAACGGUAAUUCCAAUUCGAGUAAUGAUAUUAAAACAAAUAGUGGGCAACAGUGCAACCGAGAGUCAAACAUGUCACCAUUAGCUGGACUUGACGGUCAAAGCACAGAAGAUAAUCCAUCAACAGUGACUCCAUCUCAACGAAUUAACGGAUCAAUGUCACCCUCAAGUCCACCCUCAGCAUCUCAUGAAACAUCAAGUUUACCCGAUACUUUGAUAAACCAAUUGUGUAAUUAUGAAAUGGAAGAAGCCGAUGACGAUGCUUCCUUCCCGUCAUCACCGACUGGCAAGGGAUGCAUUAACCUGUCAACCUCAGCCUCGGCUGCAUCAGCUUGUCUCAACCUACUUCAACAACAGCAAGGUCAGUUGUCGCCGCACUCGCUGUUCCCAAGCAGCCUGGGAGUGCCAAAAAGUCCAUCGAAUUCAAAUUACAUUAUUCAAACGUUUCUAAUGACCAGUCAACCUGAUGUAACGGAAAAAUCUUCAUCAUCUUCCAAUGAUUAUUUCGUUCCUUCCCUGGUUUGCCUGCCAGUCUCACAAAAGAUUCAUGAACCAGUUACCGUUUCAUUUCAAUUAACACCAACUGAAAAUUACGUGUUACGUUGACAUGUAAAGUUGUCAAGAAAAACAAAAUGCUAGCAUCUGUUGAAGAUUCUUUUUUGCCUCAUCACAAUCACAAACCUCAUCAUGAAACCCUCAUCAACCCUCAUCAGUCCUCAUCAACCCCAUCAACUCCCGAUCACCUCGUGUGUGCAAAAGUCGACGAAAAAAAGGUAAAACAACGUAAAAUCAAAAGUAAAACAGUGAAACUAAACUCAAGAAAAAUCAAACGAAGCAAAAUCAAAAAAUGAUCUUGAAUCAAAAUCAAAACACAAAUCAAAUUAACAAAGUUAAUUAGCACACAACACGAACGACAAACACACACACACACACAAGAACACCCUUGAAGCAAAAUCUGCGCGCGCUUUUAAACCUCAAAUUGAACCAACAAAAAUCAAAAGUUAAACAAGAUUUAAAGACAAAAAUCCAAUUCCUUGUCAUCAUUAUCAUCAUAAGCUAUCAUCAACAUACUCAUUGUUUAUCAACUUAAUCCUCUUCUCAGUUCCUUUCAAACUAUCCAUUCCAACAUGAGAGCUUCUUGUCUUCAAACAUUUUAUUUUCAUUCCAAUCAAAUUGAUAUAAAUAUUAUAAAUAUUAUUAUUAUCAUUAUUAUAUUUAUGCCCAAAACACCUUCUUUUUUUUGUUCAACAGUCAAUCAAAACUUAUUUCAUUUGCUUUUUAAUUUUCUUUUAAUUGUAAUUUAUCAUUUUGCAUCCAAUUAUAACUAUCAUUUGAAGAAAUUAUUUGCAUUUUAUUUUUUCGUUUUCAUUUCAUUUACUGAACAAUUAAUUCCUUUGAAGGAUUAAGACGCUCUCUUUAAACCUUUCCUUCCAUUUCAUUAUCUUAAUCUUAUUCAUCUUCUUGAUUGCCAUUCAUUGGGUCCAAAUCAAUUGCUGUAAACAUCAAUAACGAUUCAAUAUCGAAGCCCAAUUUCGUGUCCAAAGUGAUCAAAUGACGAAAGAUUAACAAAGGAUUAAACGAGAUUCGGGACUUGGAACAGCGUGAAUAUCAAAUGAAAAUUCAAUCUGUUUUCACCCAAUGGUUUUCAAGAGAAGCAAUGAAAAGGUUUUUUCCCUUUUAAUUUAAAUGUUUUUCCCCUGUUCCCUUACCUGUCAAAAUGAACAUUUACUCUGAGAUUCGACUUUAAAUGUCCGCUGUUUCCAAACUAGCCAAUCAGAUGAAAGAUGAACUUUCAGAGGUCAGAUUUUGAAUGCAAAAACUGGUUUCGUCAAAUGGGUUUUCGCAGUGAUUCUUGUGCUACAACAAUUUAUUGGUGCCUGACGAGUCCCAUUGGAGUAUUGACGAUGCUGUAGCCACGAUUUUUGCAUUCUCAUUUGAAUCAUUUUCUUCUUCACCAGAAGUUGUAUUAUAUAUUAAGAAGGAGAAAAAAAAAGUUCUGAUAAGUUUACCUUUUAAUCUGAUUAUCAUAAGCUUUAUUCAAUUGAGGAUCAAUUGAAAGCCUAAAAGAGUCGAGUUGAGCUUAAAAUUUUUGUUGUUCCUCGAAAAGAAGAAGAAAAAAAACGGUGAAAAUUUCAUUUCAAUUUUGACAGGUAAAUCAAGUUGACUAUAUCAUCUGAACCCUUUCCCAACCCUGUUUCCUGAUCCAAGUAAACCCAAGGAAAAGAAGAAACAAAACCUCAUUGAAAUAUAUCUACUGAUGUAACAUUUUCCUGCCUCUAAAGACAAAAGUUGCUUUGGUAAAAACACAAACACCAAAAACCUUUUCUCAUGAAAAGUUGUGACCAUUUAGUUUCUGUAACGAUGAAAACAAAAAUAUAACGAAAAGUUGUUUGACAAAAAGGAGCUGAAAAAACAAAUAAUUGUGAAAAGACGUAAUAAUUCACAUUAGAGAAAAAAUAAUAACCCAAAAAAAACACUUUUUUUACCCAAAAAAAGACAAAAAACAAAACCCAAAGAGAAACUCUGGAGUGAAGUUUCUCAGUGAUGAACUACAACAAAUGACAAAACAAAAAAUUAUUAAAUUUAAAGGAGUUUAAAUUACAAAAAAGACGAAAACAAGAAAAACAAAAAUUGCAAAAAAAUGCCCAAAAAAAUACAAAAAAAUAACGUGAAUUAAAAGGUGAUGACUACAACAGCGUCUUUCUCAUUAUUAUUUUGUCUUAACUACAACAAUUAACAAACAACUUUUUAUCAUUAUUAAUCACUAUUAUUGUCAUUAUCAUUAUUUAUAACAAAAAACUUCUUUUUUCCAUUUUUAAAUUCUAUCGAGAAAAGAACUUUUUUUCCUCUGUUUUUACGAUAUUCAUCAACAAAUGCAGUAAAUGUUGACAACGAGUGUUAAUGUUGAUGGUUUGUCUCAAAGAAGAAGAAGAAACUUAUCACAAUUUAUAUCAAGAGAAAUACAAAUUUGCUCACAACUGAUGGGCCAUUAACCGGACAAAAGUGACAUUGAAUGAUGAACAAGAGUAACAAAAGUUGAUUAACGAAUUGAAAGGGAAAAGGUGAUUAUUUUUUAGUGUUGACCAUGAAAACAGUGAAGUGUGAUUCAUUGAGGAAAAGAAGUGAUGAAGGAUAAAAAUGAUGUUGCAUGGAAAGAGUUCGUCAGGUGAUUCGACGAUGGAAAAGGUUGAAGCGAAAAAAUUGAAACAAAAGUUGAUUGUUUGCUAUUAAAAGGCGAAUUGUUGUUAUAUUAUAUUUUGUAUCAAACAUCAACUCGGUUCACUUGUCGACUGGAAAAAUCGUUAAAUGGGUUUUCGCAGUGAUUCUUGUGCUACAACAAUUUUUGGUGCCUGACGAAGCCCAUUGGAGUAUUAACGAUAACAAUUGAUUCCAAGCGAAAAGUUGAACCUUUCAAUUUUUUCGAAUUUCAAUUUCGAUCAACUAUUUUUUAAAUCUCUUUCCGUCAUCCAAUCUUCCAACAUCAAGUCCCCUUCAUCAUUGAUCUUUCAUUUUCCAUUUUCGCCAUUUUUCAUGGAAAACAUUUUCUCUUCGAUUCGAUGUUUGUUGUUCAAUAUCAUUCUAUCCGGCCCAGCCUUGGUUAUCAACUUACCUUUUCUUCUUCUUCUUCAUUCCUUCGCAAUGUUACCAAAUUUUUUCGUUUUUUUUCGUUCGUUUGAUCGUUCGUUUUCUUUUCUCCAUCAAAACAUCAAUGCAACAAAUCGAAAGACGAGUAAAGUCUUUAAAUUAUUGACCUCAACUUGAACAUCAAAAGUUGACCAUUUAUUCCUUUUCCAAUUUCCUAUUUUCUCUCUUCCCUCAUCAAUGUCCAAUUAUUUCAUCAAUAAUUAUUGUAGAGUUAACCCUUUCUCUUCCCUCUCUUUAUCAUCUUUAUACUUAUAAAUACAUAAAUAUAUUUGAAUGAAUAUAUAUAAAUAUAUAUAUUUGAUUCCCUUUUUGCUUCUUUUGACCGAUUCCUUUUCAUCCGUCAACAUCAACAACUCAUCAACACAAACGAAAACAUUAUCAAUAUUUAAAUUAUUAUUUGAUCUCAACUAUUUAUCAUCAACUUAUAACAAGAAAACCAAAUCAAUUACACUUUAGUCGUACUUCAAUAAUCUUGAAAAAAAUCAAACCAAAAUAUACGUUUCUAAGUUUCUCAAUCAACAAAAUCAAUCAAUGAAUUAUGAAAAAAAUAGCCCAAAAAGGAUUGAUUGACAAUAAACAAAAAUUCAUCUUUACCUCUUCCAAUCAUCCUCAUCCCAUGGAACUGAAUACCAACAAGAUGGAAACAAACGAAAAUUUCAAAUUCCAAAGGAAAAUCUAGAAAAAGAAUUGACUAAAUGAUUAACUUACAAUACACACAAAAAUGAUGCAAAUAUCCUUCAUCAAUCCUUUGAACGACAUUAAUUCCUCUCAUUUUUGGCUUUCCUUUUCUUCCUCAUCUUUUCUGUUUCAAAUGAAAUCCAAAUUUAUCGUCAAAUCUCUUCUCUGUCUUAUCUUCAUCUUAAUCUUAACACUGGUUCCAAUAAAAGGAGGAAGGAGAUGUACUAUAUUAUACAUAACACUGUAACUUUGGUGCCUUCUUGUUAUUGGAAUCACACCAUUUAAUCUCUUUCUAUUUUUCAUUUUCUUCUAUCUUCUCUUUCUAUCUCUCUCUCUCUCUCUCUCUCUCUUCUCACCUCCCUCUGGUGUGUUUCAACCGAAGUAGUAAAAAAUGAUUGUUUUUAUACCCAAAAAAUAAAAACAUUUCAACUGGU